AUGCAAUACGCCACGAAUCCUCUGCGACGCGUCUCCCAGUCGAUGCUGCGCGGUCGGGGCGGAUGCUACAAGCACACGUUCUACGGGAUCGAGAGCCACCGGUGCAUGGAGGCCACGCCCAGCCUGGCCUGCGCCAACAAGUGCGUGAAGACGACCGCGGUGGUGAGCUUGGGGCAGCCCUGGCUCACCGCGACCUUCUGCCUGCUGGGGCUCCUGUAG